CGCCCGGCCGCGAGCACGCCAUGCGCGCCCCCUUACAGUGUCAACCGCGCGACCACUCACGCGCACACGUCCGCGCCAGUGAUGUUACCACACUCAAACCUUAUGUGCCGCCCAACCGUUCGUGAACGAGUGCAGUUCUAUCUGUUCCCGAAGCGUUGAUUGUGCCGCGAGGAUACCGCGGAUUUUGCCCGCUUGACGUUGGAUGCGUUAAAAUUUCGGGUGGGUCGAGGAGAAUUAUGCGUGGGGCGUGCGCGUGCGCGGUGGUAUGCGCUUUGGUGGCGGUGUGCGCGGGCGCCGGGCCGGACCAGCAGACGCUCGCCGCCGCCGAGCAGCAGCUGCUGUCGCUGCUGGGGCUGCCGCGCCGGCCCGCGCGCGCCGCCGCCCCGCCGCCCGUGCCGCGCGCGCUGCGCCUGCUCUACGCGCGCGGCGCGCUGCCCGCCGCCGCCGCCAACACCGCGCGCUCCUACCACCACUCGCCCUCCGAGCUGGACGCGCGCUUCCCCGGCGACCACCGCUUCCGCCUCUACUUCAACCUGACCGGCGUGCCCGGCGACGAGCUGGCGCGCGGCGCCGACCUCUCGCUGCAGCGCGCGCCCGGCGCCGCCGGCCGCCAGCGCCUGCUGCUCUACGACAUCGUGCGGCCCGGCCGCCGCGGCCGCUCGCAGCCCGUGCUGCGCCUGCUCGACUCCGUGCCGCUGCUGCCCGCCGCCGGGCUCGUCACCGCCGACGCGCUCGGCGCCGCGCGCCGCUGGCUCGCGGAGCCCGAGCACAACCACGGACUGCUAGUGCGCGUCAUAGAGGAGGACGAUAACAGUGCGGACGCUAAAGUGCCCCAUGUGCGAGUGCGGAGACGAGCGACGGAGAGCGACGAGGAGUGGCACCCGCUGCAGCCGGUGCUGCUGCUGUACACGGAGGACGCGCGCGCGCGCGAGGCGCGGGAGCGCGGCGGGACGCGGCUGCUGCGCGGCAAGCGCGCGGCGCAGCGUCGCGGCCACCGCGCGCACCACCACCGCAAGGAGGCGCGCGAGAUCUGCCAGCGCCGGCCGCUGUACGUGGACUUCGCGGAGGUGGGCUGGAGCGACUGGAUCGUGGCGCCGCACGGCUACGACGCCUACUACUGCCAGGGCGACUGCCCGUUCCCGCUGGCCGACCACCUCAACGGGACCAACCACGCGAUCGUGCAGACGCUGGUCAACUCCGUGAACCCGGCCGCGGUGCCGAAGGCGUGCUGCGUGCCGACGCAGCUGUCGCCGAUAUCGAUGCUUUACAUGGACGAAGUGAACAAUGUGGUGCUCAAAAACUAUCAGGACAUGAUGGUGGUGGGCUGCGGCUGCCGAUGACGAAGGCGCCCUCCCGGUGCGGACCUAGUGAUAAACUCGUGGACCCAGUGUACAUAUAGUGGCGGCCUCGAAAAUUGUACAUAUCUAUUUGUGUAUAUAUUCGUGUAAUUAUUAUUUUAUUAAAACGAAGAUAUAAUAAAUCAUAUAAUUUUUAAUUGAA